AAGAAGAGCAAGAAGAAGAAGAGCAAGAAGAAGAAGAGCAAGAAGAAGAAGAGGAAGAAGAAUAAAUGCAAACAAUGCAAUCAACAUCAAAGACAGAGCCCGUGGAUUGGGCCUGUGAGGCCGGCAAGGAUGCUCCUUUGCUUGUGGCUCUCAGCGCAUCUUGCAAUGUUUACUUCACCAGCUACUUUAGUACCUGGCGGAUUAUGAGUGAAGCAACAGCUUCUCCUGCUCCUCUUAUGGAAGAAGCGCUACGACACUUCCUCCAGAAGAUGCGACGGCUUCCUGAUACUGUGGUGAUUUAUCGCGGUGGGGUCAGCGACAGUCAGCAAGAAGUCAUUCUGGAGCAUGAGAUGCACCAUCCCACCGAAGGGAUCCUGGCGGCCUUCGACCGAUUGGCGGAGGUGGAGGGGCAGGAGCCUUGGCGAUCGAAGGUUUCUGUGGCGUACAUCAUGGUGAGAAGGAGCAUGAACAUUCGCUUCAUGACAGAAGAGGGAGACAACCUUCCCAGUGGCAGUUACAUCGACGAAGAUGUGAUACCAGGCCUUGAUGCAGACAAUCCCGUGCGCUCUGAUUUCUAUAUGAUCUCACAGACCUAUGUCAGAGGCACUGCCCGGCCCACACUCUACACCGUGCUUUACAACACCCUGAACUUUUCGAAGAUGGAGACCAUGCAGCUCACAUACCGUCUUUGUGGUGUUUAUAUGACCUUUGCCGGAAAGGUGUCCACCCCUGCGCCCUUGAAGUAUGUUGCAAAACUCCUGAGCCUUUUGAGCAAGUGCAACUAUGUACCUAGAGAGCCAACGGGGCAGCUGCGACUUUGGAGGCCAAACCUCUUCUUCGUGUAGCAGUUCCCCGAGAUGCUUGAGGAUUUCUCGUGAUCCAUGGUACACCCAGACCUUCAACACCACGAGGCACGACAUGGACGACAUCCCCAUCCCAGACAUGUACCGCUCUGAAGGGGACGACAUCCUUGGGACCGACGAGUUCGCCCCUUCGCAAGUCUCGACGAGUUCGCCCCUGCGCACAAAUUGCAAAAGAGCUCUGAAGCGGAACAGUCCAAGUUCUUUUUGCAAAGACCAACAUGAUGCCCAUGCCCUUCCAAGCCUAGACUUAAAUGAUUUGAAAUGCAUGGCAUACAUAUACUUGGUAUACUUGCAGCCUUUGAAGCACCUGAGCAAAAUACAGCUGAUGAACAUGAUGAGCGUGAACAGAG